AUGCAGUUCCAAUCACUUCUACUCCUGGCAACAGCCAUAAUGACACCAGUUACACUGGCCUACACCAGCUUCAACCACGACGAACAUUUCUUUGCCGAUAAGCAGACUCAGCUACAGAGUGCCACAGACGGCACGAAUUGGCGUUACUGCCCCGUCAAGAAUGGCUGCUGUGCGCAGGCAGGAACCGACCCGUUGUUCUAUCCUUGCACUUCGCUGUUGUCAAGUGCGGGUUCGCCGUGUACUUUUAGUGGAAAGACUGCUAGCUGUUAG